AUGACAUCAGGUGCAAUAAACGGAAGUCUGCAUCUCCAGCGGAUGGAUAGCAGUAACAGGACAGCAGCGAAAGCAGGGGUGCACAGGUUGGAGCGGAAUUCGGGCAGUUCAAGCUCAAGUUCUGGGGGCCAGUCUGAGGAGAGCUCAAUAGAGUCACAGAGCCAUGAAUACACAAAGGAGGAGGUAGAUACGAGCCGGGAGGCCACAAACUCGCCCGUGGGGAGUCAGGCGGAUGGGCAGGUUGCCGGUGGCGGUGGCGUGAUGAGCAAAACCGGGGUGGAAAAUGGCGGAAAAGACGGCACGGAGUAUUUAAGGAGGGAAGCGGUCGAUUACCGAGGAGGGGCAGCCCAGGAGGCAAAUAAGGCUGGGAGAGAGGCGGACAGCCGGCAGCGGACGCUGGCGAGAAUGCAGCAGUACGGCAUGGUGCAGAAUGCGGAGGAUAUGGUGCCGAAUGUGGAUGGGCAGAGGCACAAUGCGAUGAAUCCGCUGUAUGCGAGUAUUCAGUUGUCGCAGUCGAGUGGAGGGAGUGAGGUUGGGGAUGGUGAAAAGGGUGAAGUGAGAAAUGGGAGAAAUGUGGGAAAUGCUGAAAUUAGAGAAGUGAGAAAUGUGGGAAAUAGUGAUGUGGGAAAUAGUGAAAUGAGUAGUGAAAUGGGAAAUAGUGAUAUCGGCAAUGAAAUGAAAAACAUCAACAGGUUUGUAGGCAAAGCAUUGCCAUAUCAGCCCCCUCAUGAGCACCCUGCUCGCAUAUCCCCCAGGGACUUUGUGCAGAACGGGAGGAGGCCAGGACAGGUGGGCGGUGUACGCGGGACGCCCGGUAGGACUCCCGGUAAAGUUAUUACCACCCCCGGUGAAGUCACCGCGACGCCCGGUAGGCAUUUUGGCCGAACCUCCGGUGGAGAUUCUGGUAGCGUUACUGCGACGCCCGGUAGAGUGCCAGGUGGAACUUUCGGGACGCUCGGCGCGUCUACCAGGCUUCCCAGUGCCGCUACCAGGCACCCUCCCGGCAGAUACCGCUCGCAGGGCCUGCAGCCCAGACCAGUGCCUUCUCUCCACCCGUCCACCAUUCUCGACGCGCCCUUCGACGUGUCGGCGUCCGCCCCGAUGUCCGGAUACAGGGGCUCAUCCUCACCCUUCAGAGAUGAGUCUUGUGCCGAUUUGAAGCAGAUCAACAUCCAAAGAAGGCCCUUGUACACCCCGGCGGUUCUCCGGUCCACCACCACGCUGACCGACCUGGACACCGGGCGGCCUGGUGCCGACACCGGGCAGGUGGCCCGCCCCCGACUGGUUUCCACCGGGUCGGCAUCGUCUGUGGGGUCGCUCGGGUCGAUUUCUUCGUACUGGAAUUUUUUACGGGGCAGCCCACCGGGCGACCGCGAGGCCGGGCCCGGGCCCACCAGGCGGCACUGGCGGCCGGAUUCUGCCCGGUACAGCUGCCACCACUGCGGCCGGCUGCUCAACUACCUGACUCCCGUCCGCCGUAAGCACCACUGCCGGUACUGCGGGGACAUUUUCUGCAGUGACUGCCUACGCAAUUACAUAUACUUGGACCAGCAGGCGCACUUUGCUGUUUUUGGAUCGAAUGGGGAGGGCGAUGGAAGUGAGAGUGAGAAUUAUAGAGGUGAUGAGAUGAAUCAUGAUGAAAGUAGUCAGAUGAAUCGUGAAGAAGGUAAUGAGAUGAAUUAUGGUGGGGGUGAUGUGAUGAAUCACGGAAGCAAUCAAAAUAAUGCUAAUGCAACCACCUCCACCGACAAAAAAUUCCUCUGCAAAGUUUGUGCCUCGUGUGCCCAGAAAUACGAAGACUUCGUAAAGCUUCACUCAACUAGAGACCACAACUUGGGGUCUGCAGCAGACCAAGCCGGCGGUAAAAAAGGAUCUGCAAGAAGAGAUACGCUCAAGCCGCAGUCGGGCGUUCCCAUCGACUGGGACUGGAGCUCCUUUUGA